GCCGGCAGAAGGCGGGGCGCAGGCGCGGCGGGCUGCGCAGGCGCGGUGCAGGCGGGAAGAUGGCGGCCGGGUUCAAAACUGUGGAACCCCUGGAGUAUUACAGGAGAUUUCUGAAAGAAAACUGCCGUCCUGAUGGAAGAGAACUUGGGGAAUUCAGAACCACAACUGUCAACAUAGGCUCCAUCAGCACGGCGGAUGGUUCUGCUCUCGUGAAGCUGGGGAACACCACAGUCGUCUGCGGAGUAAAAGCAGAGUUUGCAGCACCACCACUAGAUGCUCCUGAUAGAGGAUAUGUUGUUCCUAAUGUGGACCUACCACCGCUGUGUUCGUCGAGGUUUCGGACCGGACCUCCUGGAGAAGAGGCCCAAGUAGCCAGCCAGUUCAUUGCAGAUGUCAUUGAAAACUCACAGAUAAUUAAGAAAGAGGACUUAUGCAUCUCUCCAGGCAAGCUUGCUUGGGUCCUAUACUGUGACCUUAUUUGCCUAGACUACGAUGGAAAUAUUUUGGAUGCCUGCACGUUUGCUUUGUUAGCAGCUUUAAAGAAUGUACACUUGCCUGAAGUAACUAUAAAUGAAGAAACUGCUUUAGCAGAAGUUAAUUUAAAGAAGAAAAGUUAUUUGAAUGUUAGAACAACCCCAGUUGCAACUUCCUUUGCUGUGUUUGAUGACACUUUGCUGAUAGUUGAUCCUACUGGAGAGGAAGAACAUCUGUCAACAGGAACCUUAACAAUAGUAAUGGAUGAGGAAGGCAAACUGUGCUGUCUUCACAAGCCAGGUGGGAGUGGACUUACUGGAGCUAAACUUCAGGACUGCAUGAGUCGAGCAGUCACAAGACACAAAGAAGUGAACAAGCUACUGGAUGAAGUCAUUCAGAGUAUGAAACACAAAUGAAGCCGCCACAAUUGCAAAACAGAUGUAAAAAUUGUAUUUAUUACACUGUGCACAGGCUUUUUAUACUAAAUAAAUACCAAACUACAUUCUUUUGGAAGAUA